UUGUUGAAUCGUUGAUAGAAACCAGAGAACAGAAUGUUACCUCGCCAGAGACAAUUUUAUAUUUCCUUAGUAUAAAUUGUCGAUAAUCAAGAACAAUACUCGUAGUGCAAUCAAUAACAUUCCAAAAUUUCCGACGUUGAUAUGUAUGCAUUAAUUAAACAUUUGGAUAAAUCCAAGUUUUCUAAGAAAAGUGUUAUUUGCAGAAAAUUAAGAAAUUUUCACUCUACAUAACUUGAAGGGUAUAAAUAUAAAUGCUGAACGAAAUAAAACUUCAGUAUGUUAAGACCAAUUUCAUUCAAUUUCAUUAGGCGUUAUUCUAGAUUGAAUAAUUUUGAAUUAGAAUAUUUUUGUUCAAGCCAAAAUAUUAAUGAAAUUGAGCAAAACAUAGCUCAAAGGAAAGGAGUUGGAAACAUUAAGCGAGUUUGUGAAUUGUACGACCAAUAUAAAUCAGUAAACAAAGAAGAAAAAACUACCAUUGAAAAUGAGCUUAUCUCAGAAAUAUUGAAAAUUCCUAAUAGAACACAUCCUGAAGUAAUGAAAAAUUCUAUUGAUGGAAAUUCAACGAUUGUUAAACUCAUUGGAGAAAAGAAAGUAUUCAAUAAUAAACCUCUAGAAUUUCAAGAGAUAGCCAAACGAAUGAAUCUUGUUAGAACUGAUCAAUUGGGUAAUUACUCUGGUAGUAAAAGCUACUAUCUCCUAGGAGCUAUGGCAAGUCUAGAAAGAGCCCUUGUACAGUAUGCUAUGAAAACACUAAUGGCCAAUAACUUUGAGCUCAUAUCAGUUCCUGAUUUGAUACCUAGAGAACUUGUAGAGAAAUGUGGUCUUCUUACUUCAGGCGUUAGAAAUCAAGUGUUUGUUUUAGAUGAAAAAUUGCAUCAGAAUAAUAUUUGUCUAUCAGGUACUUCAGAAAUGUCACUUGCUGGUUUGUACAUGAAUCAUAUAUUUGAAGAAGCUGAACUUCCUAUUAAACUAGCAGCUGUGAGCAGAUGUUAUAGAUCUGAAACUUCAAAUUUAGCUGAAGAGAGAGGACUCUAUAGAGUCCAUGAAUUUACAAAAGUGGAAAUGUUUUUGAUAGUAACUCCUGAACAGUCUGAUUCAAUGUUAGAAUAUAUCAGAAAUAUCCAAGAGGAUCAUUUCAGUCUAUUAGACCUACAUAUGCAAGUUCUUGAUAUGCCUCCUGAUGAACUCGGUGCUCCUGCUUAUAGAAAAUAUGAUAUAGAGGCAUGGCUUCCCGGAAGAGAGUAUUAUGGAGAAAUUUCUAGUUGUAGUAAUUGUACUGAUUAUCAGUCAAGAAGAUUAGGUAUUCAGUAUAGGAAUAAAAAUGGUGAACUGAAAUUUGUUCAUACCUUAAAUGGGACUGCUUCUGCAAUUCCAAGAUUGCUGAUAGCCUUAAUUGAGACUGGUCAAAAGGAAAAAGGUGUUGUUGAAUUACCCAAAGUUCUUCAUAAAUAUAUGCAUGGACAAGAAAUUAUAAAAAAACAGACAAAGAUACCAACACUUAAAUUAAUAAAGAGCAAACAGUAAAUAUUU